AUGGCCAGUAAUGCGGAGAAAGUGGCUCGAAUGAACUCAUUGCUGAAUAGGAAGAGGAAAGUAGAAAUCGGUAGCCAGGUGGCGGAGGAGUCUUCGGCAGGGCCCUCAACAGAACCAAAGGAGAACCCUGAGGAGAAGUUGGCGUCGAAACUUACACGUGUCGAAGAGGAAAAGAGAAAAGCCACAGAACUGAUCCUCCGGGAGGCGAAACGAGCUAAAGAACGAGCGGAGCAGUUCGGACCUCAGGGCUGGUUACGACCAAAGAGCCUCAACACGAAUAAGCAAUUUCUUCAUCGUACGUUAGCGGCUACCUUACCAGAAAGGAGGCAACCAGAAAAGAAGCAGAGAAAGCGGAGAACGAGCGAGAACAUCUGA